UUUUGGAAAACUCCUCCUUAUGCUCCAAAACUCAGAGCCCCCCAAUUUCCUGUCUCGCUCUAUAUACGCGCGCACUCGGAGAAAAUUUUAGUAACAGCAAUUAUCGGUUUCUUUCGGAAAUGGGGCAACAGUCGCUGAUCUACAGCUUUGUGGCUCGAGGAACGGUGAUCCUCGUCGAGUACACGGAGUUCACCGGUAAUUUCACUAGCAUCGCCUCUCAAUGCCUUCAGAAGCUCCCCGCUUCUAACAACAAGUUCACAUACAAUUGCGAUGGCCACACCUUCAAUUAUCUCGUCGAGAACGGAUUCACUUAUUGCGUAGUUGCUGCUGAAGCUGCCGGUAGACAACUUCCUAUUGCUUUUCUUGAGCGAGUUAAGGAAGAUUUCAACAAGAGAUAUGGUGGUGGGAAAGCUGCAACUGCUGCUGCCAAAAGUCUGAACAAAGAAUUUGGGUCGAAAUUGAAGGAGCAUAUGAAAUAUUGUGUGGAUCACCCUGAGGAGAUCAACAAGCUUGCUAAAGUUAAGGCUCAGGUUUCUGAAGUCAAGGGUGUUAUGAUGGAAAACAUCGAGAAGGUUCUUGACCGUGGUGAGAAAAUUGAGUUGCUAGUGGAUAAAACUGAGAAUCUCCGUUCACAGGCACAGGAUUUCAGGACGCAGGGAACUAAAAUCAAAAGGAAGAUGUGGAUUGAGAACAUGAAGAUGAAAUUGAUCGUUGCUGGUAUUUUCGUUGCCUUGAUUCUCAUCAUUAUUUUGUCAGUCUGCCAUGGCUUUCAAUGUUAAGUUCCAUCUCGAUUUCCCCUCGACACUGUAAACUGCCUUGCUGCAUUGGAAUGGUCUCGGUAGAUAGAUUCGCGUACCCAAGUUGCAGAUCUUUGAUUUUGGUGUCGUCUUCGAUUCGUUCUUAGGCUGUACCCAAUUCCCAUCCCCCUUCUACUAGCUAGACUAGCCUUUUAAGAUUGGGUGAUGAAGGUCUGUAUUUUGGAUUGAUGUAUAGAUAUAUGCAAUGCCCUGAUCUUCAGGUAGACCUCUAAGUGGUCCAUGCUGUGGAUCCUCUGAGAUGUAAUAGAUGAAAACUUGAAUUUCCUUUCAAAUGUUCUUUCUUUGGUAAGUUCUAUAUAAUCUGAUUUUUUUGUUUCUUUUUUCA